ACAUCGCUCUUCGAGCGGGUUGAAAAAUGUUCCUAUGAUCGACUGCCGCGGAGCGGUGCUCAACCGCACUGCCGUAGGCACUUUACCCUCCCGCUGCCAUUCAUAAAUCCAAGGAAAAAUAUUCCUGACUUUUGGUACGGCCUCGGAAACGCUCAUGCUACCUAGUCCAUCACGCCAAACACGAUGCUCUCAGCGCCAAGUUGUAUAAAAAAGACCGAGAACAAGUCCCGGUUCCGGCAGACUCCGCUUCGGCCCCCAUAGCUUGGGAAUUUGUAUUUCCCCGAUUUUUCAGCAUAGGCUUCCAAUCUUCCGACCACACGCAGGACAUAUAAAAGGCCAGGAUGAGUAAACAGUACGGGUGAUUUUCUUUCCCUUUUCUCUUUGAACAGAAAUACGACCCUACGCCCAGUUUUCACCAUGGUAGAAAGCAUCAUGACCCCAACUCCUCGCUCCUCUGUCACCGCUCUCGAAACGACACUACGACCUCAUUCACCUCAUAUUUAUUCCACCUCUUUGGAACAAGAAAUCGCCAUUGACGAACAUAGAAUCGAGAAAUAUGGCGCGAAUGACCCUCAGGAACCCAAACCCAAGAACGACACUUGUUCAAUACUCGACACGACACCUCUCGACCCCAACAUGGUGACAUGGGCGGACGCGAACGACCAACUCAAUCCACAGAACUGGAGUGGAAAGAAGAAAUGGGCCAUCACGGCCCUUUGCAUUCUUCUUGCCCUUAAUGUUACUUUUUCAUCGUCGGCACCGACCUCUGCUACUACUGAUAUAAUAGCUGCGUUCGACAUCAAUACUGAAACAGCAUAUGCUCUUGUGACUGUUUUCCUCUUGGGCUAUGUCGUCGGGCCGGUACUUUGGGGCCCAGGAAGCGAACUUUAUGGUCGACGUCCUGUCAUGAUAGGCACGAUGACAGUUUACACCCUCUUCCAUCUUGGUCAGGCCCUGGCUCAGAACAUUCAGACAUUGAUGAUCUGUCGCUUCUUUGGGGGAUUCUUUGCCGUAGGUCCACUUACAGUCAACGGAGGUAUUAUUGCGGACGUAUGGCCGGCACUUGGUCGAGGUCCUGCGACGAGUCUGUUCUCUGCGAGUGUUUUCAUGGGACCAGUACUUGGGCCUCUUGUCGGCGGAUUUAUCGCUACAAGUCCCGUUUCGUGGAGAUGGGUUUUCUGGGUGAUGAUGAUAUUUGCCGGAGCUUGUACAAUCUUGGGAAUUAUUUUCCUCCCAGAGACUUACGCCCCGGCCCUUCUCUUGAAGAAGGCCCAGACUUUGAGGAAAGAUAAUCCUGAGAAGAAUGCGCAUCUGUACGCUGAACACGAAAAGCAAGAUUGGUCCAUCAGAGGGGUUCUCCAUCGGACUCUGUAUCGACCUUUCCAGAUGCUUCUGAUGGAGCCCAUCCUUGUUCUUGUAACUAUUUAUCUUUCUGUCGUGUAUGGCGUUCUAUAUGCUCUAUUUGAGGCUAUUCCCGUCAUCUUUGUCGAGACCCGUGGCUUCACGAUCUGGCAGAACGGUCUCAUAUUUAUUGGUGUUGGUAUUGGUGCUUCGCUGGGCUCCCUCAUCAACCACCUUUGCUCUCGUCACUACCCUGAGCUCGUUCCUAGAUGGAAAGGCUUCCCGCCUCCCGAAGAACGUCUGUAUGGCGCGAUGGUUGCGGGUCCUUGUCUCGUCAUCGGAGCCUUUUGGUUGGGAUGGACUGGUCAGUACGCAAGCAUUCCGUGGUACGUUCCAGCCAUCAGCACCAUCCUCAUCGGAGCAGGUAUCAACUUGAUUUUCAUGUCUUUCCUGAGUUACCUUGUCGAUACGUAUCUCAUGUAUGCGGCGUCUGCUUUUGCUGCGAAUACGAUCAUACGGUCUCUGGUGGCGGCCGCCUUUCCUCUUUUUACUGUCCAGAUGUACCAUAACCUUGGUAUCAAUUGGGCAUCAACAUUGGUCGGUUUGAUCGCAUUGGUCCUUGCACCCAGUCCCUUCCUCUUCUACAAGUACGGCUCGCAAAUCCGAAGUCGGAGCAAAUUCGCACCGUGUAUUGUAAGCGAAGCCUUUUUUUUCCCAAUGUGUCCGUGA